AUGCGUAGUGCAAACUGGACAUGUCUUGAUUGGUCAGAAAUUUGCGAUGGAAAGAUCGAUUGUCUAGAUGGUGGACAUGACGAAGAACAUUGUUGGCAAUUAGAAAUCAAUGAAUGUCAGCCGAAUGAAUAUCGAUGUGCCAAUGGACAAUGCAUACCUAUCGCUUUUCUACGAAAUUAUGAUCAAAGUUCCGACUGCCUUGAUGGUACAGAUGAGAAGUUUGCACCAUUAGCACGUGAUAGAUGUUCAGCAAAGAGUCCGAUAUUUGCAUGCGAAGAGAUCAUGUGUACUGAUAAGGAUGUUGAUGUAUACAGUACCAUGGCGAGACGUUCGUGCGUACGAGAACGUGGAAAAUUUGCGUUACAAAAAGUACUUUCUAAUAAGCCAAAUGCAAUUUCGAACGAAUGUUGGUCAGCAUUAUAUCGUCUCAACGAUGGUAUUUCGGAUUGUUAUUUUGAUGAUGAUGAAAACUACGUCGAAACAGAAAACAUCUGCUCAUCAACUUCGAACAUCAAAUGUUAUGAAUGUAGAAGUAAAAGUAAAUCCAUUCAUUACAAUCGUCUUAAAGAUGGUCUCUGUGAUUGUCCACACUAUUGUGAUGAUGAAGUGCCAAUUGAUCAUACUGUUGAUAUUCAAGAACAUAUUUCUUUCCAGACAAUAUGUGAUGGCUUCACUGAACUCUUACCGAUCAUGAUCGAUGGACAGAAUGAAACUGAUGAAACCAAUUGUGGACAAUGGGUAUGCGAUAAUAUAUAUACGCACUGCGAUAUCAUUUGGAAUUGUCUUAAUGGAGCCGAUGAACUGAAUUGUCCUAAGUUACGCGUAUCGAACUGUACGUCGAAUGAACAUCCAUGUGUCUCACUAAAAGGAAAUGAAUUUAUGUGCUUACCUAUUGAAAAGGCAAACGAUGGUGUCGUCGAUUGUUUGGGAGCAACGGAUGAGCCUCAUAUAUGUCGAGCUUAUAGAUUAUUAGACAAACCUACUGCAUUUUACUGUGAAAAUCGAGGACAUCUCAAUUGUAUUAACCAUUUAUUUCUCUGUAACAAUCAGUCGGAAUGCAACAACGAUGAAGAUGAACGAUUUUGUUCAAAAUACUCCAAUUAUAUAAAUUCUCAACAAGGUGUGUGUGGACAACCACUAUCCAUUCGUUCGGAGAUCGAAGAGUUCCUUUGUUGGAAAUUUUCAUCUGAUGCAUUCAAACAGAAUGUAGUCUAUUUUAAACUUGGUCAAAAUGAACCAUCGAUUGUUUCUACAAAGAAUUCUGUUAGCAGAAGAAUUCUACCAUCGCCAAAUCAAAAUGAAAAUCUUCAACGACGUUGCAAUCGUGGCAUGGAUAUGCGAGUCUGGUUGGGUGACAAAGACAAUUCGACAACUACGACAUGUCUCUGUCCGCCGAGCUAUUACGGUGAUACAUGUCAAUAUCAAAAUCAACGUGUAAGUCUCACUCUUCAAGUGCAACCAUCACUUGAUAUUGGACGAGUACCAUUGGCAAUUGUUCUACUUCUGAUUGAUGACGAUGAAAAGUUGAUCAAUUCCUAUGAACAAUUCACAUAUAUCCCUAAACGAGAUUGCAACACGAAGUUUAAUGUGUAUUUUCUCUAUUCGACUAAACCGAAAAAUUCAGCAAAAAAUUAUUCAAUACACAUCGAUAUUUAUGAGAAACGAUCGAUACUUCGUUACCAUGCAAGUUGGCUGAUAUCACUCAAUUUCAAUUUCAUGCCUGUACAGCGUACUGCCGUUCGAAUAACUAUUCCACAGCUUCGUAUAGAUGACGAAAAUUGUGUCGAUCCUUUCUGUAUUCAUGGCCAAUGUAUCAAAUAUGUCGAUGAUGCACAAAAAAGAACCUUUUGUCGAUGUAAUCAAGGUUGGUCAGGACGAAAUUGUACGAUUCCACAAGUGUGCACUUGUUCGUCGGAUUCACUUUGUGUUGGUAUUUCAGCCAACAAUCGAUCUGUAUGUGUUUGUCCUCUUGGGAAAUUUGGAUCGCGAUGUUUAAUCGAAAAUCAAACAUGUCGAUCUGGUCCAAAUGCUACUUGUGAAAAUGGUGGUCAAUGCAUACCAAACGAUGAACGUGUGUCAUUUGACAAUCCAGUGACCUGCUCCUGUCCCGAAGGUUCCAGUGGAGAUCGAUGUGAGAAAAAGGCAACUAAAAUUCAAAUUUCCUUUCACAACAAAAUUGUCAUACCACAAGUGAUGUUCGUUCAUUUUAUUUAUGCAUUGGGUUAUGCACCACCGGAACGUAGAACUACCUUCAAGAAGAUCCCUAUCUAUCAAACAUCUGUUACCAUCUACUCGAUCGAACCAUUUCAUCUUGUAUUUCUUGAAUUUUCAAACAAGACUUAUUACUUGUUUGUUAUUCAAACGAGAUACGUCGAGUCGGAAACAAUUAUUAAGAUAGUGGAUCCAUCGCAUCGUUGUCCACAUAUCAGUGAGCUAUUCAAUGCUACAGUUGCACAAUCACAUUUGCUUAAACGUAUCAAAUAUUAUCAUGUGCCCUGUCAAAAUAGUUCAUUAUUGUGUUUCUACGAUGAUAUUCACCUCUGUUUGUGCACUAAUGAUGGUCGACAACGGGUUGCAAACUGUUUUGAAUUCGAUCAUCGAAUGAAAUACAAUUGUCUUGGUCAAGAUAUUUGUAAAAAUGGAGCUGAAUGCUUUAUUGAUAACCCAAAUUGUCCUCAAUCAUUCAUGUGUCAAUGUCCUGAAUGUUUCCAUGGCAUACGAUGCCAUCUCAGCACAAGUGGUUUUGGUCUUUCACUUGAUGCCAUUUUAGGCUACCAUAUUCGACCUUUCAUUAACCUUGUACAUCAACCGAUCGUUGUCAAACUCAGCAUCGUACUUACAACAAUAAUGUUCACAUUUGGACUCAUCAAUAGCAUUUUGUCAAUGAUCGUAUUCACGAGAAAAAAAUUGCUUGAAGUAGGUUGUGGACAAUAUCUUCUCAGUUCAUCAAUAACUUCUUUAAUGACAAUGAUUACAUUUGUUCUGAAACUUUUAUUUUUGGUUCUUGCACAAACAACAUCAAUUACCAAUCGAACAUUAUUGAAAUGUCAAUGUAUUUUACUCGAUUAUUUUCUUCGAGUUUUUCUCAGUAUGGAUCAAUGGUUCAACGCUUGCAUCGCUAUUGAACGAGCAAUGAUUGUUAUCAAAGGCACUAAGUUUGAUAAAAAGACGAGCAAACAAAUGGCUAAAUGGAUUCUUAUCAGUGUUAUUCUUCUGACGACUUUAACUGCGAUCCACGAUCCGAUUCAUCGUCAAUUAAUUGAUGAUGAAGAUAUAGAAGAGCCACGCACUUGGUGUAUUAUCAAAUAUUCACAUAAUGUUGAAGUGUUCAAUUCUUUUAUCAAUAUUUUUCAUUUGAUUGCUCCAUUUUCGGCUAAUCUCAUUUCGGCUUUGGUUAUCAUUUUAGUAGCUGCUCGAAAACGAGCCAAGGCUCAUCCUGAACAAACUUAUAAAGAGAUCUUGUGGAAAACCUUUCAAGAACACAAACAACUUCUGAUUUCUCCUUGUGUGCUAAUCGUGUUAGCGAGUCCUCGUCUCAUUAUUUCAUUGAUAUCUGGUUGUAUGAAAUCAAUUCGUGAUCCAUGGCUAUUUCUGAUGGGUUAUUUCAUUUCUUUCGUUCCAUCGAUGCUUACAUUCGUCAUUUUUGUCCUGCCUUCACAAUUGUACAAGAAAGAAUUGUCCAGCACAAUCAAAAAAUAUCGACGUUGAAUGGGAUAAUAUCUGUGCUGUCGAAUCUGAGACAAGUAGAACAAUUGUAGUUGCUCUUGCUUAGUUUGAUCAUUUGCUUCAAAUCCUUACGAGAAUUGCUGAUAGAAUGAACGCUUUUUUGCUUUUGAAAAUAAAUAGAAAUGUGACUUAGAUUACUCUUAUUUUGUCGAACAUUAAAUAAGAUUAUCUUAGAUUGAUAUCUUGACGGUGUGGGUGUGGAUAAGUGUUCUUCUUUCUUCGGAUCCACACCCACACAUUUCACCCUCGUUUUCAUUGUAGCACCAUAGACAGAUCAUAGUUUUUUGAUAAAUAGCCUAGUUGACGUUCUUGGCUCAAGUACUUGGAUUUUUGGAAAAAUCGGCCAUAACUUUCGACGUUUUCUUGAAAAGUACUUGCAACUUUGAAC